AUGCACAAGUGCCAAACGAACAAGCAUGUUGGCGGAGUCCAUAUCAAACCGUCAAAACCUAUGCCGAGUGAUCUUCAACAAUUUUUGGACGAAGUCAAAGAUGGUGUGAUUUACUUUAGCUUUGGCACAUUUGUGAACGCAUCGCAAAUUCCAAAAGAUAAAUUCAACGUGUUUUUGGCAAGGGCAUAUGAUUAUUUUUCAGAAACUUUCAGUAAGCUGAAGCAAAGAGUUAUUUGGAAAUUUGAAAACGAGGCCAUUCCAAACCUUCCGAAAAAGGUUCUAGUUCGAAAGUGGUUACCUCAAAAUGAUAUACUGGCCCAUCCGAACGUUUGCCAUUUCAUAAGCCAUGAAUGGCAUUCAACUUUUGAUGAUUCCGUUUGUGUUCAAAGUGCAAGAUAUGGCAAAGUUUUGGAUUAUAAAGAUAUAACGCACAAAACACUAUUCGACAAUGUCAACGAAAUAUUAAAAGACAACAAAUAUUCGACUAAAGCCAAAGAGAUUUCGGCGAUUUUUGGUGAGAAUCAAGUUCAUCCGAUGGAUGAUUUCAUUUUGUGGGUUGAAUAUGUGAUUAAGUUCCGAGGUGCGAAACAUCUGAAGUCACAUGCAGUCGAAAUGUCACUAUUUUCAUAUUUAUCCGUGGAUGUGAUAUUGGUUCAUUUAGUCAUAGUUUUAGCUGUUAUAUACAUCUUUUACUAUAUGGUAUAUACAAUUGUUUUGUUUGCGAAAGAAAAGUGUUACAUCAAACAAAAAGCAACAGUAGGUCCAAUGAACCGAAUGGCAAGUUAA